AUUCGCAUAGAUCGAGUUACUGGCCCCUUCGCGCUGCGCUGCUGCUGCUCAGUUCACUCAAUCACCAGUCUCUGCCGGGCGGGUGGCGCACCGACGCACCGCUCCACACACACUCUCCGCUUCUCACAUCCAUUCAGCUCGAUUCCGCCUCCUUGUCCGAAGAUGACCGUGACUAUUGCGGGGCCAUCCACGAGCCUAACCUCCUCCAACCGCGGAGAGUAGAUUCGGAGCCGAGGAGAGAGAGAGAGUAACCCACCUCUCUCUCGUCUCUCCCCAUCAUCUGCCUCAAGUCCUCUGGGUAGCAAACCGACAGCGAUUUUUGCUGAAAUUUAGCUCUCGCCCACAAACACUCUCCUGCUUUUAGCUCUCAAGACGCGUCUCUUCGGGAUAUUGUGGAAGUAAUUUAACACAAGGAAUUUCUUUGCUCUGUAUUCGCUGAAGAUGGAUAAUAUAAACGUGGAGUCUGUGGAGAAGGAGUGCGGGGCGCUUGGUGGAUUAUUCCAGGCGAUUGUCAAUGAUAUGAAGUGUUCAUAUCCUGUCUGGGAAGACUUCAGUGCCAAGGCCACCAAGCUGCACUCUCAACUCCGAACCACCGUGCUAGCAGCAGUGGCCUUUCUGGAUGCCUUUCAGAAGGUGGCAGACAUGGCAACCAACACAAGAGGUGCCACCAGGGAUAUCGGAUCAGCGCUGACCCGCAUGUGUAUGAGGCAUCGCAGCAUUGAGGCGAAACUACGCCAUUUUACUAAUGCUUUGAUGGAGAGCCUGAUCACUCCUCUACAGGACCGCAUUGAAGACUGGAAGAAGACAGCCAAUCAACUGGACAAGGACCAUGCCAAAGAGUACAAACGGUCUCGUCAUGAAAUAAAGAAAAAAUCUUCGGACACCAUGAAAUUACAGAAAAAAGCCAAGAAAGAACUACAGGGCCGGGGGGACCUUCAGCCUCAGCUGGACAGUGCCAUGCAGGAUGUGAAUGACAUGUACCUGCUGAUGGAGGAGACAGAGAAGCAGGCGGUGCGGCGUGCUCUAGUGGAGGAGAGAGGACGCUUCUGUACCUUCAUCAGCUUCCUGCAGCCUGUAGUGAAUGGAGAGAUUGCCAUGUUGGGAGAGAUCACUCAUCUCCAGGCCAUUAUUGAUGACCUCACCGUGUUAACCUCAGACCCCCACAAACUGCCCCCAGCCAGCGAGCAGGUAAUAAAAGACCUUAAGGGUUCUGAUUACUCUUGGUCCUACCAGACUCCCCCCUCCUCUCCCAGCAGCUCCGGCUCCAGGAAAAGCAGCAUGUGCAGCAGUGUAAACAGCGCCCAUAGUAGUGCCUCUCGAUCCUCUGGUGGCUCUCAGACUCACUCACCCAGUUCGUCCUGUCGCUACCGCAGCCUGGCCCAACCGCUAACAACCGCUGCACACCGCCUCAGCAGCGUCUCCUCCCACGACUCUGGCUUCAUCUCCCAGGACGCCAACGUCUACUCCAAACCCCCAUCACCCAUGCCCUCCGAUAUAACCAGUCAGAAGUCAUCAAGUUCAGCGUCCUCAGAAGCAUCUGAGACCUGCCAGUCAGUUAGUGAGUGUAGCUCUCCAACCACAUUUGGCUCGUCCUUCGCUACCUUCCGCCCUGCUCUCUCUCACACUGGCUCCAUCAGGCCUUUCUCUGUCAUACUUCCUGCGUCCCCACCCUAUAACCGCUCCCCUGGAUCCAACACACCCUCUCCCACAUCCAAGGUUCCUUGCUGGAAGGACUGGUCCAAGGUAGGUUCCAGUGAGCAACCGCUGGCCAGCACGCUUCAGAGGAGGAAGGAGCCUCUUGAUAGGCUGAGGGAGGCAGAAACCUCUCCUCAGUCACAGGGGUAUUCUGGGAUGCAUCCAGAAGACCCCCAGAGGCCAAGGAUGACCCCGGCUACUAUAGCUGCCAAGCAUGGUGAGGAGGUCUCUCCAGCUGCUAGUGACCUAGCUAUGGUGCUGACACGAGGCCUCAGCAUGGAGCAGCAGAAGAGCAGCCGAGACUCCCUUCAGUACUCUAGUGGAUACAGCACUCAAACAACCACUCCCUCCUGCUCAGAAGAUACCAUCCCCUCACAGGGCUCCGAUUACGAUGGUUACUCAGUGAAUGGAGACACUGAGGCUGACGGUCAGGCUGAAUUCGAUAAAUCUUCCACAAUUCCCCGCCACAGUAAUAUUGCCCAGAACUACCGCCGCAUGAUACAGACUAAGCGUCCCGCUAGCACAGCAGGCCUGCCCAGCGGAGUGGGCGCUCUGGGUGGACCACCGGGCGGAGGGGGCGGCACGGCCACCAUCCGCCGAACACCAUCUACAAAGCCUGGGGUGAGGCGCACCCUCUCCAACGCUGGCCCUAUUCCUAUACGCCCACCCAUCGUGCCAGUCAAGACCCCCACUGUGCCUGACUCACCUGGCGGGAACGCCGGCCCUCCCGCCCGAGUGGGCAGCGAAGAAUGUGUCUUUUAUGUGCCGGAUGACGCCUCCCCAGGAGCGCUGGAGUACGUAAAGGCCUCUCCAAAGCGGCUGAGCCUGCCUAACACAGCCUGGGGUUCAGGGGGCGUGGGCGGCUUAGAGAUGAGUGUGUACGGCCAACCGGGCGAAGAAGAUCAUCUGCUGGCUGCCAAUCGCCACAGUCUGGUGGAGAAGAUCGGGGAGCUGGUGGCCAGCGCUCACGCCUUAGGCGAGGGCCAGUUCCCUUUCCCCUCGCUUCCGAACCAGCCCCCGCCGGGCCCUGAGGCCGAGCCAGUGCCCCAGGAGGGUGAGGACAUGCUGAGGUCUAUUCGUCGAGGGGUGCGACUGCGCAAAACCGUCUCCAACGAUCGCUCAGCGCCCCGGAUUUUGUGAUGCCUCCUGAAGAAAUGGGAGAAUUAAAGAGCGAAGUAACCCAGAAAAAAAAAAAACUUCACAAUGACUCUCUUUAGAAAGCGAGCUAUGAAAAAGAGGAUUAAAAAAUUAAAUGUUUAAAGUCAUUAUAGAAAUAAUGAAUAACAGUAAUGAAAAAAAGUAAAUGAUAUGUAACAGCAGGCUCAGGCCACUAUAACUCUUAGCGUGUCCGAACGCAUGUUUGUCUUAUUAACACGCUCAUCACCGCGGGAUAGUUAAACUGUAGUGAGACAAUUAACUACUGAAAGAACAAGGGGCCAGGAUGUUUGGGGGAUUUUUGUGGUCCGCUCCAGAUCUUCGCAUGGUCCCCCUAUAAUAACGGCCCUCCUCAAACUAUGGACCCCAGGAAUCAGUGCUGGAGAAGCUCAUGGGGUACGCAGGGGCUCUUUGCAAUUCCUUGCCCUCCACAACACUCUCUCUAACCCCACCCUCACCUCCAGUAAAUUUGACAUCACAUCCUGAAAGUCUAGUGGUAUCGCUGUUGUGUGUUGGUCUGCAGUCUGGAGGUGAGCAGGGCUCUGCUGCAGGUCAGCUCGUGGUUGUGUAGAGGGACGGGAUUUAUCUUUUGUUUGUACACUUCCGUGGUCUUGUUUUAUUUAGGAGCAGGUAAUCGCCUCCUAGCUCCUAUGAGUAGGAAACGUUCAUGUCAGGUAUGUGGAUUUUUGUAGAAUUAGGGUUUAAAAACCAUCAUGAUAAAUGUGGAGCAAUAAUGCUUUUUUUUUUCCUUUGAUGGGGGAAGGUUUUAAAGAUCAGCUUUUACUAAAGCUGUAUGUUUUUGAUGUUCAGGUGUCUUCGGAGAAGAAGAUGCUUUCGAAGACUUCUUGUCGAGUCUAAUUAUGGCUUAUUUUAAAAGAAAAUGAGAAAUAGAAAGGAUGCAGAGCACUUUCAAGGUGUAGUUUAGACCACUAGUUGUCACUGUGGCCACACUAUGUGUGGUGAAUGCUGUGAGACGCCGCGGUCACAUGCCCUGGUACUUAGGGAGACAAAUGUGAGUAGCAAUGUCAUGAUGUAGGAAAAAGAGAGUGAUGGGAUGUGAAGGAGGUAGGAAGAAUGAUUUGGAAUACAGUAGGGUUCAAUUUCUUAAUGUUAUUUGUUAAUGCAUUAACUAUCAUGAACUAGUAAUGAACAGCAUUUAUUAAUCUAGGUUAAUGUUAAUUUUUUUACUUAUUGUAAUUCAUUUUUGAUGUUUCAAACAGUAUAAAUGAGCAAUUUUAUUCAUCAAGGACACAAUCUGAUCAAAAGUGACAGUAAAGACUUUUAUAAUUUAUCAAAAGAUUUUUAUUUAACUCUCUAUUCAUUAAAUAAUCCUGAAAAAAUGUAAUCACUUUUUCCACAAAAAAAUUAAGCAGGAUAGAUCGUAGAUCAUGUGAUACUGAAGACUGGAGUAAUGGUUGCUGAAAAUUCAGCUUUGCCAUCACAGGAAUAAAUUAAAAUAUAUUAAAACAGAAAACAGUUAUUUCAAAUUGUAAUGAUAUUGUACAAUUUUCACAAUAUCAUUUUUGAUCAAUUAAAUCCAUCUUUGGUGAGCAUAAGAGACUAGAGACAGUUAAAAAUCUUAAAAAUGGUAUUAUUUAUAAAUUUCCAUUAACCUAGACAUAUAUGUUGUUCAUUGUUAGCUUAUGAUACCUAUUGCAUUAACUGUUAACCAAUUGAACCUUAUUGUAAAGUGUGACUAAUGAUCUUGAAAGGGAAUUUGUUGAUACAUUAUAUUUAAUUUCCAAUUUGAGCUUCUAAAAAUAUGAGUUUUUCAGGAAUGUUCUUUUACUUGUCAAGCUUCAAACCACAGUCCCCUGAUAUAUCUGUUGGAGGGGUGGAGAGAACGAGCUAAGAUGAAGGCACACACCUGGCUGCCAUUUUUUGGGACAUAAGAAUGAACUUUGGAUCUGCAGAGGGAAGAAAGGGAUGAUAAAGGAGGUGGAGAGAAUGAACUCUGGGAAGAAACUCAUCCAGUUGUUUAUGAUAAAAGCAUUCCACUGCCUGUUAUAGAUGAUAUAGGAGUACAUACCUAUGACACGAAAGGUCGCUGGUUACCCCGGUUCACCCGACGUGAAGAAAAACAAUGCUCUGUGAUGAUACUGGAUGUGGAAGUGAUAUGUAGGAGGUCAAAACAUAGUUUUAGUCAUGUAGUGUCUGUUUGUGAGUGACUUUCUGUUCUCCCAAGACUCCCUAUAACCCCUGCAGUCAUAAAUAGUGCUGUUGCGCCAGACACUUGCUCCUUACUCUGACUUUUGGGUUAUUUUUAAAUUAUUUAUUUUGCAUAGAGCACUCUGUUUUAGGAAUGCCUGUAGCGUGUUCAAAAGGAAAAAGUAUGUCUGCUUUGUGACAGUAUGAACGAGUGUGCCGAUCUCUCGCCGAAAAUAGUGCCGUUCUGGAACUCCAAGGCCGUAUUGAGAGCAGGCCGGAAUGAAAGAACAGGGUUACGGCAAUUCAAAGCCCACACUGCCAUCCGAUGAAAGAGCAGGUCAGAACUUUGUAUAUAUUCAUAUACAUAUAUAUACAUGCAUAUAGAUGGUGAACAGUACUAGUUGCUUCACUAAAAACAAAUGUCCCACAUAAAUGUUGUCUUGCAAUGGGGUGGCUGAAGAAUCAAAGACAAGUGCAUUGAUUUGGCAGCAAUAUAGUGAAGUUUGCUGGGCGAAGAGAAAAAAAAUAUCUGUUACAUAUCCACAUAUUUCAUGUGAAGCUUCAUGGCCUGCAAAUCACAAACAUACAGCUCUCAGAGGUUCAAUUCACAGCAAGUACACAGACACGUAUAGGCAGGAGAAUACGACAGGAAGAAAGAUGGAGAGUGAAUGAGAAGUGAAAGAGAAAGAAGAAUGAGAAGAGUAAGCGUGAGAAAGACAAGGCCAGCACAGAAUAAUUGCUGAAAGAAACAGGUGGGAAGCGAAGCGUAGAAGUGAGAGGGGAGGGAGACACAAAAGCUUGAUUGCAGGUAGUUGGCUUACUGUUGUCUCUUUAUUGUAACGUCAGUCUCUGUGGGUUUCUGCUCCCGAGGUCGAAGCAAGAUGACAGUUAAAAGCACCUCUGGAGGAAACUGAGAGAUAGAAAAACGAUCACUGUCACUUAUGAGCUCAGCCUUCAGCUUCUCAAUACCCACAUACUCACACAGCAGAUAGACUAUUUUGGUUCUCAGGUGAUUAUAAACACAUUUUCUCUUUGUUUUACAGUGUUUGACAUCAUGUUCAUUUGUCUCCCGCUGAAUGUCAUAAUAUGCUCAUUGCUCACUAUAAGGCUGGCUCACGAUUCAGCUGUGGAAAGAUGAUUUCUUUGGUCUGUUAUCUUAUGGCUGAAAUUUGUGAAGCUCAGAAUUCAGUUUGUCCAAUAUACUCUUGUGGAAAUUCAUAACUAUUUUAUGUUUUUGGUGAAUUUUGGACAAUUAGUAUGAAUUCAUACAGUCUCAUUCGUACAAUCUGGCUUAUGCCUCACUGAUGAUUAGCUUUAGACUUGGACCUUCAUGUUUAUGUUUUUUCUUUUUCUCUAAAAAUCAUACUUUUCUGUACAAAUCACAUUGUACAAAUUAAUACAAAGUCACCACCCCGAAAAAUAGUUACUUUUUCUUUUGAGAUCGGGUUGGUUUGUUCCUGGAGCACCCCUGGUUAUUAUCAGGUAUUAUCAGGGAAGAAGUGGUUUAGAAAUAUAUGUGCUUUGAUGAUGUGUAAAUGUGAUUUUUGAGGGCAAUAUUUUAUUUUAAUCCUCACAACUUCCUCCUUUGCUCUUAAGAAGAGCCAUCUCGACCGUCUCCCACUCUCAUCUAAAAAUAAAUAAAUAAAUGCAUCCCUUACACAUUAUCAUUUUGAGAGGAUUUGCCUGGAGAACCAUUAGUAAGUAGCACAUUGGACAUUUUUUUUAAAACUAAACAAGUGUCUUCAGUUCUGCCUUUACAUGUUGGUAAGCCAAGCAAAUGCCAAAAAAGAACUGAAUUGGCUGUCCUUUUUAUUUACAUUAAGUAUUUGACCAAAUCCUAUAGAGUUAGCACAAUCAAUAAGUAUAAUGUUAGCCUUAUGCAACUUUAUGCCUUUUUGAUAUUCACUCAGCCUUUCCUCUGUCAUGCCAUUUCCUUUUGCGUUGUGUUUCACAUCUCUAAAAUGGCUACAGACAAUAAAUUACUAUGUGGUGCGGGUGACAGAGGGAUGAAAUGCUCAUUUAGCCCGCAACACAUGCAGCCCCCAUCAUUCUUAUCCACCCUCUGUUCCUCGAAAAUGCCCUGAAAGACACCCGUCUCCCACGCUCGGUUCAGCCACGACACUGCGAUUUCCCCUCGCUGUCAUCUUCACCGCGCGCUCGUGCCUCUUGGAGGGAGGGCUUGGCAACCGGGUGUCAUGGAAACUGAGCCGUGUGUCUUACGCCAUUAGCUGCGAGUCUCUCUUUUCCACUCGCAAACAAGUAGCAUCACGCACAUGCCUCACAACAGACCACAAACCGCAGGCUCUACGGCUCAACACUUAGCCGGUGUACUUGAUUAUGAUUUCAUUUUCGUGUAAAAUAUAUGACGUGUGCAUUUAUUUUUCGUCCGACCCCAUCCCCCCUUCAUCCUCUUGACUGAAGUUGAGUAACGCUACAGGUUCUGUUGUGUCUGUCUUUCUUAUUUCGGCUUUCUCGCUUACUUCUCUGCUUUAAUUUAUUGUGCUGUUUUCUUAAGGCUAAUUUGCCACUGUUGCUGAUAACAUCAUUUCCUUUUUGGUAAUAUUUAUCCUUCUAAUUUUUGUUAAGUUUAGUCACAGCUAAUGUAACAAAACACACUGUGAUGAUUCCAGUAUUAAUAAAAGUUGUACUUAAACUGUG